CAGAUGAGCUAGGAUGAAGAGAGUGACUGUGCAUAUACGUAAAGAUGGCGGGGUCACGUUGGAUAGAGCUGGUGUUCAACAAGCGAGAGUGCAUCAAGUUCAUCCCCAGCAGCAAGGACAACGCCAGGUGUUGCUGUGGGCAGUUGUGGCAGUUCCACCGUGAUGGCUCUCCGGCAACUCUGCGCCAGAGUCAGGAGCUUCACUGGAGCCCCUCCCGACACACACAGCUACAACCAACAGAUGCAUAUGGUACUCUGGAGUUUCAGGGUGGUGCACAUCCUACUAAAGCACAGUACAUCCGGCUAGCGCAUGACACGCGACCUGAGCACAUCCUCCAACUACUGACUGGUGAAUGGGGUCUUGAUUUACCAAAGUUACUGAUAACAGUACAGGGGUGUUUCUCGACAUAUGGGUGUUACGAGGCACGUUGGUGAAGCCCUUGUGUCUGAAAGUUCACUUCGAGUCCGUGGGGGACGUGUUGUCAGUGUUGGGAUUGCUCCGUGGGGUAUAAUUGAAAGACGCCAGGAUCUGAUUGGGCGCAACAAAGAUGUUCCUUACAUUCCUAUCAAUGCACCAAAGUCUAGAUUUGUGGCACUUAAUAGCCACCAUACCUUCUUCCUGUUAGUUGAUAAUGGAACCAUUGGGAAAUAUGGCCCAGAACUAAUUUUACGUAGAAAAUUGGAGAACUAUAUUUCAAAACAAAGGAUUGAAGCCCGUGGUGGACUAGCAACUCCUGUGGUAUGUGUGGUCAUAGAGGGAGGUCCACAAACCAUCAGACAAGUCUUGGAAUAUGUCACGGAUUCUCCUCCAGUCCCUGUCAUUGUUUGUGAUGGAACAGGAAGAGCAGCUGAUAUUCUUGCCUUUGUUCACAAAUAUGCCUCUUCUGGUCUAAAUUUGAUUGAGGCAAAUAGAGAUACCAUCAUUCUGACUCUAGAGAGAGUUUUUGAAAUCAGACCAUCACAGGCAGAGAAACUUUUCACAGAGGUGUUGCAAUGUGUUCGCAAAAGAGAUCUAAUUACUGUGUUCCGUCUGAAAGAGGGAUGUGAAUUAGAUCAGAGCAUAUUGUCUGCUCUUCUGCAUGCUCAAAGACUCAACCCACCAGAACAGUUAUCUUUGGCUCUCACCUGGAACAGAGUGGACAUUGCUAGAUCGCAUGUAUUUAAUGAAGAUGUUGAGUGGCCGGAAGGUUCAUUAGAACAAGCCAUGAUGGACGCUUUGGUAAAUGAUCGGAUUGAGUUUGUCAAGCUUCUUCUCGAGCAAGGUGUCACUAUGAGUAAAUUCCUCACCAUCCAGAGAUUAGAGGAACUCUAUAACUCGAAACAGGGACCAGCAAACACGCUCCGAUACAUUAUCAGAGAUGUAAAAAAGAAUAUACCGAGAGACUAUAGAUAUACUCUGAUUGACAUUGGGCUUGUUAUCAACAAGCUAAUGGGUGGUGCUUACAGGUCUUUCUACUCUCGGAAAAAGUUUAGAACCAGUUAUGAAAAUAGUAUGGCCAGGUCACCACGGCUUCAGCGGAUAAAUAGCCACAUCUUCCACAACAGCAAAAGCCUUCUUCAGAAAUCUUCCACUUCCCCAAAGUCUUUUAACACCCAGACAGAUUUACAGUCAGACUUUGAGUUUGAAUAUCCAUUCAGUGAGUUGCUGGUUUGGGCUGUCCUGACCAAGAGACAAGGCAUGGCAAUGUUGAUGUGGCAGCAUGGAGAGGAAGCCACAGCAAAGGCUCUUGUGGCUGCCAAAUUGUACAAGGCUCUGGCACAUGAGGCGGCAGAUGAUGAUUUAGAAACAGAAGUGUAUGAGGAACUUAGAAGUUAUGCCAAAGAAUUUGAGGCUCUAGCUCUGCAUGUGCUAGACUACUGUUAUCAACAAGAUGAUGACCGUGCCCAGCAGCUUCUAACUUAUGAACUAAGGAAUUGGUCCAAACAAACGUGCCUUUCUUUAGCUGUGGCUGUCAACCACAGAGCUCUCCUUUCACAUCCAUGUUGCCAGAUUCUUCUUGCAGAUCUCUGGCUUGGGGGUUUGAGAACAAGAAAAAAUACUAAUAUCAAGGUAAUGUUAGGCCUACUCUGUCCACCACUGAUCCUAGUCCUGGGGUUCAGGAGCCGGGAAGAGCUCAAGACCAUGCCACAGACGCGUGAGGAACACCAAGAAGAAGAUCCUCUGAGGUCGUCUGAUUCUGAAAGUGACACAGAUUCGGAUGAAGAAAACAUGGAUAUGAGGAAUGACCAUGAUCCAGAGACUGGUCGACCAGCUAGUGUCACCAGCACAGAGAUGGAGGAAAUGGAAGGGGAGUAUAAUGUUGAUGCAAAGGCUCCUCUGUGCAACAGCAGUAAUGCAGCACAGCUUUCAAGUGCUUGCUUAACACCACCAGCAUCAGAGGCACCAACUACAGUGGAUGGAAAUGACACAACUGUGAGACAAAAUGGGGCUUCCAUGGGUCACCUGUCUGUCCUUGACUCAACAGUUUUCACAGAUCUACACUCAAAACAGCUGCCAGCUAGAACAAAGUUUUAUGAGUUCUACAAUGCUCCUAUUAGCAAAUUUUGGGCUCAUUCUAUGGCAUAUGUAUUCUUCCUGUGCUUAUUUACCUAUCUUGUGCUAGUUAAAUUGCCAAAACAGCCACAGUGGAUGGAAUGGUAUGUUGUUGCUUACAUCUCCACACUUCUACUGGAGAAGAUCAGAGAGAUACUGUCUACAGAACCAGUUGAACUCAAGCAAAAAAUAGCAGUAUGGUCCGACAAACUCUGGAAUGUCUUUGACCUCAUAUUUACAGUACUCUUCUUAAUUGGCCUGUGUUUAAGGCUCCAAGAACAAACCAUGCAAGCUGGACGUGUUAUUUACUGCGUUGACAUAAUAUACUGGUACUUAAGAGUUCUAGAGAUUUUGUCAGCUAAUAAAUACCUGGGUCCACUAGUGAUGAUGAUGGGGAAGAUGAUAAAAAACAUGGCAUAUUUUGUGGUGUUAUUGCUGGUUGUCCUUAUGGCUUUUGGAGUGUGUCGGCAAAGCAUACUGUUUCCAAAUGAGGAACCACAUUGGAGAUUGGCAAGACAUAUAUUUUAUCAGCCAUACUUCAUGCUCUAUGGUGAAGUAUUUGCCGGUGACAUUGACCCCGAGUGCGGUGGCGAGGGCCAAAUCCCUUGCCAUCCUGGACGUUGGAUCACUCCCACCGUCAUGUCCAUGUACCUCCUGGUGGCUAACAUCCUCCUCAUUAAUCUCCUCAUUGCUGUAUUUAAUAACAUUUUCACUUCAGUCAAUGCCAUCUCUCACCAAGUCUGGAUGUUUCAACGAUUUCAGGUUGUGAUGGAAUUUGAAGAGAAGCCAGUGUUCCCACCUCCCCUCAUCAUUCUGUCUCACAUUCAUCGUGCCAUUAAGUAUUGCUUCAGGCGAUGGAAAGGAAAGCCUUUCCUCUAUGAUAAUGGCCUUAAGUUAUUCCUCGAUGGUGAAAGUCUAGAGCGAGUCCAUGAUUUUGAAGAAGAGUGUGUGGAUGGCUAUAACAGAGAAAAGGAGCAGAAAGAACAGAUGAGUACAGAGGAACGAGUUCGUGUGAUGGCAGAACGAUCAGAAUCAUUGAUGCAGAGAGUGGAAGACAUGCAUGGCAAAUUUCUAGCAGCAAUGAGCUCUUUAAACAGCCUUGAUUUCCAUGUUAAGAGGCUGGAAGAAAUAGCUGAACAAACAAAAAAUAGUUAUGCUGUUGUCCAUCGUUUUAUGCUGAGCCAUGUUGGCAGACCAAGAAGAUCAAGCUCUCCCCGCUCAGGUUCUGCCAGUCCACGUUCUGAUGGGGGAACUCCCCGUUCUCUCUCUCAGACAAGUCUUCAUCAGUUAUUAGAAGAAGCAGAACGUCAGAUGCUAAGGAAACCUCUUCAAGAACCAGAAACUAGUGACAAAGAACAGAGUGAUACCACAGAUGCUGAGCAUGAGACAUCAAAUAAGUUCUUGAAGUCUUCCCCUACUGCUCAAAGUUCAAGAGAACCUGGAAAAUCAACCACAGUGGAUGAAGGAAUAGUGAGAGGCUUCAGUUUAGAUCCAGUCAAUAUUUCAGCAGAAGCAAGAAAAGUAAAAACACAAGGUCGACGCAAGAAUAGAUUGGACUCUGAAUCAGGUAGUUCUCUUGGCCGUGCAUCUCGUGAGCGUAAGCUUUCUGGAGAAAGGAAGAGCAGUAUCCGUAAAUCUUCAAGGAAGGGCUCAGAUGGGGCAAGGGCGUUUAGUCCAUCUAGGGUAUGUUUUAUGGAUAUUAAUGUUGCAUUAGAAGAUUCUGAUUCUGGAGAAGUAGAGGUUAAAGAGAAAAAUCUUAAUGAAGAAGAUGAGCAACCAAGGUAUGGUAGAUCAGUAUCAGUUCCAGAUGAGGUAGCAGUUCGCUCUCCAACUAGAUAUGAGAGGAGUCUUUCUUCUGUUUCAAGCCGACCAAGGAUUCAGGUGAUACCACCAUCGUCACCACCCAUCUUUACUUUUACUAGUGAGUACACAAGUUUGGCAGAUGAGUUGGAGACAGCAUGCAUGGCUAGACUGUCUCCACCUUCUUCUCCAAACCUCCAUUAUCCUCAUAGAAGUGAUCCCCAUUCAAGGCGACGGCACUUCUCAGAAUCUGCUAGUAUUUCCAUUACUAUCUGCCCUAAUCCUCUCCGUGAUGCUGAAGAAGCAGAUUAUCAGCUUAUGGAAGGACUAAUUCAGAGAAGAAUGCAUAGAGAUUCAGAAAACUUGGCUGUUUCACUGGAGGACCUCUGUUCAGUACAAACAGACAUGUCUGACAAUGAAGAAGGAGUGACUCCAAUACGUUCCCGCCGUGGUUCAAGAGCAGCAGAACUUCGAAAAAGACAUAGCACAAGUAGCCUUGACAAUGCCCCUUCACAACUACUAGCUGUGCCUGGGGCAGUUCAAAUGGCAACCUCUUACACAAUAUCCCCAACAACUCUUCAAGCAGCACUUCGAGGAGAAGAUGGUGUCCGCCUGGCAUCCUCAACCCCUGGUACUCCAGGUGCACGUCGAUCUUCACUAAGAGGAGAUCUGCAUCACCAGUGGGCUUCCUCAAGUGCUUUGCCAGCAACUGGAGGAUGGCUUUCACCAAGAAUUCCCCGUCCACGAACUCCACCAUUCAUACAUCCUGAUAAUCCAGCAUCAUCCUCUGUUGAUGGUGAGGGUGCCAGAAAUGUUUCACAAGGUGAAGAACAUCCUCACAUGUCAACUCUACAAGUGCCAAGCAUUAGAGAAUCUGAAGGUAGGCCAAGGGACACAAUUACAGAAACAGAAUGUUAAGAUACAUGGCAUAUUCAGUGGAAAGGCUAGUCAAGAAAAAAGAAAUGUGCUCAUACUUCAAUGGUGAAAGUUACUUCUGAAAUUGAGAAUACUAAGAAAAGCAUGUUGUCAAGUGUAUGUGUGACGUGUGUAUGUGUAGAGUGCAAGUAUUUGAACAUGUAUGCAUUUGAAAUCAUAUAUUCACACAGUCAUUUCUUUGUUAUGACACCUAAGGAGUUUUUAGAAAUGGAAAAUAAAUUUGUUGAUAUAGAGAAUAUAUUUGUGCUACUCCUUUGUUAUCCCAGUUGUUGGACUUCAUUAUCCACCCUAGUGUCCCUCACUCUUAGGAAAGGGAAUAUGGCAUCGUAUACAGACGAUAUACUGUAGAGGAUGAAUAAAACAUCUUGUGCAGACUUCAGUGCCAUUUUGCUGCAUUUUCAAUUUCACCUCGUAGGACAGUAUUUACAGCUUACUAAAAGUUUACUUUAAUUGGGAAGUGUAAAAUUAAGGGUUAUGUUUUGAUAAGUUAUUGUUAUCACUAAAUAACCAUCAAAUUGAGAAUAAAGUAUUCAUUCAGUAGCAUAAUCUGAUUUUUACAAAAAACCCUGCUGCCUGUGUGCUGCUUUGUUUUAUUCAUCUGUCUGUGGUUACUAAGGUUACCUUGCUGCUGUAUGAAUUUAAACAUUCCUUAAUGUUUUUGUAAUUGUUUUGUGUUGAUUCUCUUGUCAAGAGUGUUUACAUUAUAAAUAUUUUUUAGGUAUUCUCCCUUCUUUAUCUGUUAUGCAGUUAAAAUCUGCUCACUGUUUGUUGAUCAUGUUAUGGGGACACUUUUGCAAGGAAAAAAAUCAACAAAGUUCAUGAAGAGCACAAGUAAUUGUUAUGUUGAUAUCUGGUGGCAUUCAGAUUUGCAGACCUCCAAGCUGCUAAAAGCUAUUCCUUCUAGACUAAGGAGAUGAUUCUUCAUAGUAGAAUAAGGACAAGCAUAGAAGCUAUGUCUUUGCAAUCUCUGUUCAGGGUAUCCAAGGACGGACAUGUCUUGUGUGCUGCCAUAGAGGCCUGUUCAUUCAUUUAAGUGGCAAUGUCUGUAUGUGCUAUAGGUGAGUGUGGAUAAGUCAGUAGGUAAAUAAACUGAUGUUGUGCCACUGUAUAGAAUAUGGGAAUAACCACUUGAGAGGUCCUGUCAUACUCCAGUUUGGCUGUGGCUAUUUUUAUGGUAUAUUUAUUUAUCUCAUAUUUAUUCCUCAUUUGGUAUGCUGUAUGUACCUGCCUGGAGGUCUUAGACUUCUGUUUUCUUAACGUUAUAUAAUUGUUUACCUCUAUUUAGCAGUUACACAAGUUAUAACAACAGCAUUUCACACACAUGACAAAUCCUUAUUCAGUGUUAUACUGAGUUUUUUCUUUUCUUUUCCUUUUUUUCUUGUUCUCUUUCUCAUUCUUUUAUAUUUUGGAAAUUAGCUGAAACAAACACAUUUUCAGGGUUAUUAGUGCUGUACACUGGUCACCCUUGGUCCAUUAUGAUUUAACUGUUUUGAAAGUAGGAUGUUACAAGGCAGUUAACUCUGUAUGUUAAUAUUUAAAAUAGAGUAAUGAAUAUGGUUGUUAGUUUAUAUGGCUUUUCCAUUAUGUAAUUACCUACACCAGUAGUUUAAAAUGAUUGAAUCUUCCAGCUCAUUUAUUUGUCUCAUUGUUACUGCUUCUCUUACAUGCUGGGAUGUGGUCUUUUGUAGUUGUUUGUUGUUUCCGGGAUCUUUAACUAGGAAAGCCAUUUAUUUUUAUCCACAUUAUUUAACAUUAAAAAAAGGGAAAUAUUUUUGUAAUGUAACUUCAGUUGAUGUUCAGUAACAUCAUUUUUAAAAAUCAUGAAAAAAACAUUUUGCUAUUAGAUACUGGAUUCCACUUUGUAUGUGUUAGCUCAUUUCAGUGUGAUACCAUAGGCAACAACUAUCACAGCCCAGACUUAAGGAAUAAUACACAAAUGCAUGCUCACACAUUUCACACAAAUAUACACAUGUAUAUGCACACACAACCACACACACCCACACACACACAGAAAGAGGAAAAAUGUAUUAUGUGUGGAUGUACAUAUAAUAUCAACUAUAAUCAGAAACAAUCAAAUGUAUAUUUAUAUUGAGCAUGUUCAUAGACAAACAUAAAGGCAUACUUAACAGGAUCUACAUGCCUUUUUAUAUCAUGUAUUGUUGUCCACAGUUCUAGUCAAUCUUCCAGGUCACAUUUCAUAUGAACUGCUGUUAUGUCUUUAAAAAACACUAAUUUGAUAUGUUUUAACUUUAUGCAUGUUGCCUUUUUUUAAAAAGACAAGUAACUUUGGAAACAAAGGGAGGUAAUAUUUUGUUUUCAAUUAUCACAAUAUUAUUGCACUGUUAAUUCAAUCACUAGUAUUUUUAGAAUGUAUGAUCUAUAAUCAUCUUUUAUUGUAUUUGGUUGACUAUUAUUUUUUUCUUCUUCUUACAAACCUCAUUCUAAUUUUCAAUUUAGCCAUAUGAUAAUGAUGCCAUAAAGUGAAACAAAGUAUUCUCUUGUUAUUUUGCACCAUAUUUUUAAAUUUUGAAAUGCAGUUAAAGAUGAUAUAUUUGUAAAUAGCCAUUAUAAUAGCCUACCUAAGAAUAAUACGGAUUCCAUGCAGUGCACACCUGUAUACUAGAAAUUAAUAGUGUUGUGUACAGAUUAUCAAAAUAUACUACAGACCAUCCUGUUUCUCCAGUUGUACAUAAAUGUAUUAAGUCCUUAUUAAAAACUUGUUGAUUUUUAUAGAUGAAAAUUGUAUCAUACCUCAAAUCAAAAUUGUUAUUGUUAAUGGGGGAUCACAAACUUUGACGUUAUUUUGCAGAUUGUGAUUUAUGUCUGACAACUUAAUUGGUAUGGAGGAAUAAUUAAUCUGGGUUUUAUUUGUAAACCUAAAUUAUUUGAGAAUAUUUGCAUUUCUCUAUCCCUGGCUGGGUAAACGCUUGUAAUAUUGUGUAUUGAUAAGAAUUUUUGAUGUAAUCAUGAAAACUCAUUUUUGUAACACUCAUGUUAAUGAAUUUUACAUCUGAAAAGAUGAGACGUAAAAAGAUGACUUUCAUUAUUAAAAAUCAAGCAAUAAUGUUUACUGUUAACUUGUUGAAUUUUUACUAGUUAAUUUUGGUGGUAAGAUUUACUAUUCAGAAUAAAUACCACCAUAUGCUGUAGAAGGUGAUCAUCAGUGUUCAUUAAAUCUCCAAUGUAUGUACAGCUUAGUUACUUCAGUUCAUGCUUUAAAGUAAAUCCUUGUUAGGGACUGUGAAGAAUAAAGAUAUUACAUAAUA